AAUAUUUAUAUAAUAAUAAUAUCAUAUAAUAAUAUUUGAUUAUAAUCUUUUGUUGCAAUAUUUUCUUAUGAAUUAUUUAGUGAGUAGUUUGGAAAAUUACGUGGACAGAAAAUCUAAAUUUUAUAUAAUAAUAUUUGAUUAUAAUUUCCUGUUGCAAUAUUUUCUUAUGAAUUAUUUAGUGAGUAGUUUGGAAAAUCUAGAUAUAUCGAAAUUCGUCAAUAAUCCGUAGGCUCAGGAGAUACAGGGUGUUUCAGAUCACUGGGACUCCUCGUACGUAUGCAUGAAUAGUACCUAAGUUAUGUAAGGCUGUAAUAGCAGUGAAUGGCAGUGACAUAACGGCACGGAGGCGUGAUGUUAACGGCGCGUGGCCAUGCCAAGAGACAAUCGAUAGCUACGACCUUCCUUUACACAGAGCGCGCCCGAUCGAAUCGCGAAUAUUGGAUUUUAAGCGAAGGCGGCAUGUUCGCCACGUGGCUACAAACGCAGCAUUUUAAUCCCCGAGUAAUGAGUCACCGGCAACGAUAAAUUCACAAGCACUCUCUCGAUUUUAUCGUUCCAGCUGAAUGUACAAUGUCCAAGAUACAUAGGGCAGUUGUCUCUUGAUUCGGUUUAAUUGAAAAAUCGUACGUCGCGGAAGCGCCGAUAAAAUUAAUUGGGUAAUAACUCGUGACCGGAAAUGCACGAGGUGUAAUUACAGUUAUAAUUUUUUUAAAGAAGACUUAUUCACCUUAUUUCUCAGGCUAAAGUAUCGUACUGAAUGGAUGCUUCAUGAGCGAACGUUUCGCGAUUUAAUUGAUCGAAAAGUGAAACGCAUUGAUCAGUGACGUAUCGUCUGUCGCUGCACUGAGCGCGGUUAAUUUAAUUACUAAUUACGCACUAUUCGAUCUUCGAUGAACAAUGGUUCACGCAAUAAUCGUACGCGCGGUAUUACGCAAUGAUAUGCGAAACGUCCAGUGUCAGUCAUUGCAUAAGCAAACCGGGCACAUCCCGGUUAAACGAUUUCGUGUCCAUUUAUUCAUCUUAACAAGCUUCGCUUGAAUUACAACUGGUUUGCUAGGAUACCGAGUUGUAACUGCAGCGGCAUGUUAUGGCGCUUGACCUGAACAUUUACAGUCUCUCUAAAGAAUGGAAUGAUACGUGGACAUUAACGUAAAAUUUGUUGCAAAGCACUGAGUUAUUUCAAAAUUAAUGGAACUUAGAAAACACGUAAUAAAUUGACGCGACUGUAUGAAAAUACUAUGACUAAAUUAUUUUUAUCGAAAAUGAAAAUAGAGAAAAAUAAUUGAAAAAUUAUUCUAUAUCAGCUUUCAUUAAAAAGCAGCACGUAAACACUAUAAUGAUUUAUUUCUUCGAAGAAAUGUAAAUUCCAGAUUUUUAAGAUUCUUGUAGAAUACAUGUGUGAUUGCUAUUCACAUAUAAAAGUUCAUAUCUUAUAUUAAUGUCAAUAUGUGAAUGAAAUCAUCCUUAUCAUUAUCAGAAGUUAUAUAAGAUACCAACGAUCCACAUUCUAUAAUAUAUCAUUAAUAAUCAUUUUCAUGAUAUGUGCAAUAAGAUAAUUAGAAGGGCUUUAUACGCCAAAUUUUUGGUACCAAAUAUUUGUAUCAACAAUUACAAAUAUUUCGCAUAUAUUAAACAUUAAGUAAUUUUAAUUGAGAAUUAAACUUAUCUACAUAUCUUACUCUCUCUAUCUCUCUCUUAUAUCUUACUUCUUACUUUUGCAGAAUGUACCUGAAAAUAUUUUAUGCAGUGGAACCUUCAUCGGUAGGCAUCCCUCUACAGAUAAAGGAUGAAAGUUGUCGAGUAAAAUAAAAGCAACCAAACGAAGUGAAACGAUUUCGUUCUCGAGCUGCGUCAGCUGAAAUCUAUCGGUCGCAGUUCGAAGAGUGAACGGAAUCCUUCCGAAGUGUCGAGAAGUGGAUAAGUGCAUCCGGUUCUCGGACACAGCUAAAAUCUCUUGUACCGCGUAAGAGGUUGAUACCAUGUGAGUUCGGAGUUGAGUCGACUUCCAACAGACGGCGGCGCAUGUACGAUUUUCUGCCGAUUCAACAUGAACGGCGCCGUUAGUUGACGUCUGCUGUCCGUCGAGACCAAAAAGAACAACCCGAAUCGCGUGAAGAGGCCGAUGAACGCGUUCAUGGUCUGGUCGCAGAUGGAACGCAGAAAGAUCUGCGAGGUUCAGCCGGACCUCCACAACGCGGAGAUUAGUAAACGACUUGGUAAAUUAUGGAAAUUGCUGACAGACGCGCAGAAGCAGCCCUUCAUCGAGGAGGCCGAGCGACUCAGGCAAUUGCACAUGAAGGAGUACCCCAACUACAAGUACCGUCCCAGGAAGAAGAAGCCCACGACAGCCACGGAGGUCGCGCCAAAACCGAAGCAGAAGAAGAGAUCACGGAAAUCGUCGUCGUCAUCGUCGACGACGUCGUCGUCGUCAUCAUCGACGAUAACGUCAUCAUCGUCGCCGUUGCCAUCGCCAUCAUCAUUGUCUCUGUCAACGCCGACAAACAGUCCGGCCGCGAUAUCGGCCGGUUCCCCGCUAUCGCCGCUCUCGGCGACACCCGCUGCUAGUCACAGAAUGAAGAACGACAGUAACAACAACCACACUCGGCAGACGACGCUCAAGAGGCUCCAAGCUCAGCCCAGCAUCAAGCCCAUGUCCAGGUUGAAGGCGCGGCUCGCUGUGGACGUUGCAUCUAAUGUCCCAGCUACUCAACACACGCUGGUACAGGCAGAUGCAACUUAUACUCCGACGCCGCCUACAGUGACCGCCAAGGUGCCCAAUAGCCCAAGUUGCGACACUCCAGAUUCGCCGGAGUCUGCCAUCUUUUACGACGAAACUCCGGAUUGCACCGCAUCUAGCAACGCAGUCUGCAACAUCCUGCCUAGCAUGAAGAUCAAGCAGGAACCAGGGGUCGAUUUGGACUGCAGGACCAGCUUCGCCUCGAAGGAUUUGUUCCUCAAUACUCCGCCCCUGAACAUGACGUCGAUGAUGCAGACGGACAAUCGAGGAUGUCGCCGUGCCAACUCGACCGUCGGAGGUCAGCAGACGACGAGCUUCCGUAUAAAGGAGGAAUCGACGCCGGUGACGACCUUCCGCAUGAAGGAGGAGCCGACGGACACAUUCAGCAUAAAAUCAGAGAUGAAUUCAGUAUCCAGGGUGUGGUCCCAGCAGCUGAUGGACGCGACCACCCUGACGUCCCAGUCGCCUCUGUCCACAACGAUGAUGAAUACCACGAGCAACAUCAUUGACGACGACCUCGCGGAGCUGGCUUACGACUUGCCGGAGUUCUGCACGAGCGAGCUAUCGAACGACAUAGAUAUCACCUUAGACGAGUUGGUCACUUUCGAUACCGCGAACUCUCUCAACGGCUUGCCGGUCGAGUUCACUCGCAACUCCGACGUUAACGAGAUACUGUCAAUCGGAUGCUUCGAGGAAUGGAACUAUUAAAAAACGGAGUAGAACAAAAAGGAGGAGAAGAGGAUUGGAGGUAGAGGAAUGAACGUCCUGUGGAAUAGGUGGAUAGACGUCGUUGUUCGUCCUCGGUUUGUAUAAAGCGUUACAAGCCGCUGCCAUGGCGUUCGCGAGGAUCGACGUUCAAUGUCCUGCUUGGUGAACGCCAGUUGAUUCCAAGAUCUCGGCCGGACGCGACGGCAUGAUGCGGAGAUGCGAUGUGCGAUCACCAUCCGGAUGUAUUGCACUCUCGCGACCGGCCGAACAAAUUUCGUCAUGCGCCAUCCGCGCUUUUUUGUACUUUGGGGUUCGGGAGGAUCGUACCACUCGGAUGCGUACUCCUCUCCGUUUUAUCGCACCGUCGCGCGCCGUGACUUUCAGGUUGCUCUCCCGACCAGUCUCCUGCGUGGACAGCCAAUGUGCGGAGAGAGGGUAAAAUAUCGUUUUCGAAAGGGAGAGAGAUACGAUCGUUCAAGUUACAGUUAACUACCACGAGCUGUAAUCUUCGCGGCUGGCGAGGUAUCCGCGCGUAGGAUGAAUCAUAAUUAGCAUAUACAAGCGGUUAAGAUAAAUUCAAGAGAUAGGACAUCACGUGGUCCUUUAUUCAUGCUUUUACGUCUUUCUUCUUUUAUAAACUUUUGAGGAGAGUUCGCGGAAAGUUCGUAGGGGAUUCUCUUGCGUCUUUACCCUGCUGCCGAGAUCACGAGAUCGGAAGAUGUUUAGUUAGCGCGCAGCACUCUCGCAUUGGAAUUUUCUACGAACACUUUAAUACAAAAAGUUUUUGAUAUUUAACGGGAUAACUAUUCAUUGGCUCUCUCGUAUUUCUUUUUUUUUAUUUUCAAAGCAACGAUAUCAGCCUUUGCUUAGCGAAGCAUAGUUAAGCCUUUUCGUUGCAUUCGGCGCGUUGUGAACGGUCCUUGGUUUGAGCAACUUAUACAGCUACGACGCGCGACGAUUUCGAGAUGAAGAGUUUUUGUAUAUGUACUGUAGUAUAUUAUUUUAUAUAAAGAUAGAUGUCCCGCUAUAGUUGUAAGAAUGAAUGGCCGGAACUGCGUGGAUCGAAGGUGAAUCGAGAUAAUAAUUCUUUUGCAAUAUACGUCAGAUUCGCUUGUGCUUUCAGAGUGAUUUACUCGAUUCUCGCAUGUCCGCCCAUUUUUUUGUACAUACCGAAUGUGUAUUUAGUAGCUGUACAUCGUCGAUAAUAUGGUUAAGCACAGGAUUGUGCAGCAAUAGAGUGCAAAAUGCGCACGUCUCUGCGUGACAUCGGCGUUCUUCCUGUGAACCGAGUCUUUCUGCUUAACAAUAAUAGAGAUGCCUUCCGCUAUGCAUCCCUUCGCUUAUUUAUUAUUAUUUUAAUCUACAUGUUUAGUGAAAAAAUGUGACUGUCCAAUUUUUAUUCAUCAAGCAGAGUGUUUCCUUAAAAUUAAAAAAAUAUUAAAAUUGAAAAAAAUACUUAAAAAAAGUUAAAAAGUUACAAAAAAAGUAAAAAAUAUUAAAAUUAAAAAAAAGAUUUAGAAAAUUAAAUUUAAGAUUGAAUGAAGAACACGAUUAAUCUUAGGACGCAUAGUGGACAUAUGUUUCUUUCACGUGUCUUUUGCCUUUUCUGUCAAGUUAUGAGUAAACGAACUGUCUUCAUUUCGUUUGCUAUUACUCUCGACGGGAACCGAUCAAAUUGAUUAGACGAAGAACUCUGGUCUCGUUACGUUUUACUUUCUUUUUUAUCUAUACUUAUUCCUUGCUUGAUCCAUAAGCAGACGCGGAAUGGAAAGAAAUCAUGAGGGCAAAGUGCAAAAUGUGAUCUGAUAAGACUUGCAACAGCUAUUUCUGAGGACGGAUCAGAUAUAGAAACCAAAGGUCUGUCGCGAGCCUUUUGGUAGCCAUAAACGAUCCUGAAGGUGUCUGAGAAGUUGAAAAAUUAAACCAACGUGAAAUGAACACGGGAGGAACGCCGAUCGAUAUAAUACGCGUGUGUUGCUCCAGGAAAGAUAUAAUAUGUACAGUAUAUUAUAUCUACAUAUAUAUAUUAUGUAGCGUGUGUAGUACGUACACACAUAAUUGAUAACGAUAUGAGAUGUUGAAGAGUGAGUAAUACACGAGCUAUCACUACCGUUGACGAUAAUCGCUCUCGCGAGGAUCAGCAAGAACGGUCAUUAAGUACUCCCCUGUGAAGAAGAACAACUUGUUUCGACUCGAAAACGAAUUAUUCGAAGAAAAAGAAUUAUUCAUACAUUUAAUGAUACACAUUUAAUGAUGAUCAAUAAUAAACAACACUUCAUUCGAGAAUACGAGAGAUCGAGUUUCCGAUGAGGUCUCGUGUGCUCGGACACCCUAUAUAUAUAAAUAACAUAAAUUGUUACAUAAAAUUGAUACAUAAAUUCUAUUUGUAAAAUGUCUGUAGUAUUCAUAUAAAAGGCAAAUCUUCUAGAGUUUUUACGAUUUAUAAACAAAUCCAAGCAAUCCGGAUGUUCAGUCGAGCCUUUUGAUUUCAAGAUCUCCGAAUUGUUGCAGCUUCGAAAUCUCAGUUUCCAAUUCGGAGAGAAAAAGAAACCGGUGAAGAAGACGAGUGUUCGCGACAUCAAAGAAUUAGGCUCGUAAAUCAGGUGAUCAUUGAAGUGUCAUUUCGGUCGAAAACAAGAAUGUAACACGCAAACAUACACGCACACACAUGGGGGAUCAAGACGCGAGUGUUUCUCCGAUCGAUUGGGUGCGAUCGCCGUUUAAAUCCUGGCGGUUAAGAUUUAGCGGUAGCAUCGGUGACGAUCGAGCGAGCCAGCCAUGCUUUACGUCGCGCACGCGGUUAUCGAUAUAUCAAACUCUUGAUCUCAUAGUUGUUUUUACCUUUGCGUAGUGAUUAAUUUUCGACGAUUGUUCAUAAACGGUGAUGAUUACUGAUAAUCGCAUUGAUACCAGCGGAUUCACUACCAUCAGUUUUUUUUUUACUUCUUGUAAGGUAUCUACGUUUCUGACAGUUAGUAUUUUAUGUUUUUAGGAUUAUUAUUGUUCGCAUUAAUGUUGUUAUAUUCAUUAUAAUUAUUAAUAUAAUAUUAUUACUUUUAUUAUAACUACGAUUAUUGUCAUUAUAUUAUUAUUAUCCUUACUCCUUUUACUAUCAUUAUUCUUAUUAUUCUUAUUAUUACUGCUGUAACUAUAUUAUUGCUCGUACUUGCUGCUGCCAAUUGCGAUUGAGCGAAAAUGAGGAAGGAGACUCGGUGAGCGCUUCCUCAAUCAAAGAACGAGCGAGCGACUCCGAUUCAACGCGUGAUUCUCGCGAAGCACGAUCGCCUUUUUGCGUCAUCAGAUCAUAUUAAAAUCCGAGAAAUGAAAAAACGCUUUGGUGAGCGGACGAGUUGCUCGACGUGAAUUUUCGCGUUCGCAAGUUUCGUUUAUCUUCUUCUCUUUCUUUUCUUUCUCUUUUUUCUUCUUGUCAUCCAUAUGCAGGCGGGCACCGUCGCGCUGCGCCAAUUAAUGCGUGUUGCAAUCAACAGUUUAAUUUUCUUUUCUUCUUUUUUCGUCGAGAAACGAUCGAGAACGAAUGGCUCCGUCGUUUCUGACGAUGGGCGAACGAUGUCGGGGGGGGGAAGAGAAGGGGAGGGAUUAAAGGGAACCGGACAAAGCCGCGAAGAAGCGAAUAAAAUACAAAGCGAACACAGUGCCUACCACUCCGGUCUGGAAACUCUCGUACAAAAAUCAUAUACAGGGCCAAGAGGAACAAAGUAUAAUGUUAGUGUUGAUAGCUAUUUACACGAAAGCUCAAUAAGAAUUAUUACGAUACGAUUGCUCCGAAAUUCUCGUCUCCUUGCUACAGGGCCGCGUCUCGGUAAGCUCAGGGUGGUCGGAAAACGAAAAAAAAAAACAAAAAAAGAAAGGAGAAAAUCGAAAAGGAAACUCAUUCUACGUGACGCGGGAAACGCGAGGGGAAAGAGCGCAGGAGGAAGUCGCUGAUGUAGGAGAGCAGGAGCGGAUAUAGUCUUUCGCGAGUAACAGGCUGUGCCGAUUCUAAAGUUGUUACGGACGCUUCGUCGCGGGGAUAGCAGCGCUACAUAUCACAAGCCGCUCGCAUAAUGCCAUGCUCGUUCACCACAUUCUCGUAGUCUCGCAAGUAAUCGCUCGACGCGUCAACGUUAACGAUAACUGCCAGCAAUAUGCGUGCCGAAUACUCACGUUCGAAAGUACGUCUCGGUCAUCCUCGUAGAUGAUCCUCAGCGCUUCGUCGUCCCGCACACAUCGAAUUACGGCGCUUGGAAACGAUUUUUGAUAGGAUGGACACGACGAGUACCGCGAUUUUCUGAAUAUUACACGGUGUUAUGCGACUGUUUCAAAUUAACGCGAUAGCUUAAGCUUAAGACGAGGUGCAUGCUCGGAUUGUUCGAACUGCCGGAGCUCCGCGAGUUCGAAGCCUGCUCGCGCUCGAAGGCGAUGCACCGCGCGACGGAUGCGAAUUCAGAUACCAUAAAUUAUUCGAGUAAUUUGCGGCCGAGUGCAUGCGACGACGCGAAGGGCACUUGUGCAAACACAGGGCGAAGAGCGAAAGAGAAAAAACGGCAGAACUGACUUCAGGACCGGUCGAGCGGAGCGUGUACGUCGCGCUCGCGCUCGCGCGCAAGCGAGCCACCUUUUAUGACGUUUAUCUCCCCUUCGCGGCUCGCUCUGCGGCUUUCGUGAAAGCCAUUGUUCGCGCGGAUAGAGUUCGAUGAUAAGUACGCGCAUCGCCACGGACAUUAGCUGGGUCACAGUUCGCACGCGUGAGAGGCCCGACCUCUUUCUCUCUUAGGCCACGAUUCUAGCGGAUGCGUGUACGGACGAGGGGGCUGUCCUUACGAAUUCAUACGUCGAACCUCGUUUGAGCACGCGGAAUGUAGAUUGGAGAUGCAGAACAGAAAUUAAUACGAAUUUCAUGCUAAUUCGAACAGAUAAAUUACAAUCGAGAUAGUGGAAUAUUAGAAUACAUGGCGAUCAGAAACGAAAGACCGAGAAGCGGCCAUUCAUUUAUCAGCAGUCGUAAAAAAUUAAAAGAAACGAAGGGAAGGAAAAAUAUAUUAUAUGCGUUUGUCGCGAAGAUCUUUUUCUGAUGCAGAUUAACAUUCGCAUACAUGUUGCUGAUCGAAAAAAUUGUUUGGCAUAGAGCCGGAGAACCGGCUCACAUGUUUGAUCGUUUCUGUCUGUUCGGAAUUUUGUUAAAUUCUUACAUGGCGAAUUAAUGGCCGGCGCUACACAGAUUAUUCAACAGAUAAAGGAGCUCUCUUCGUCCAAGCGUGCAUUCGUUACGAUCUUUUGCACGCUAGUGGCUAGAAGCACAGAAGCGCGUCCGCUCGACGGACUGGAGCGGGAAUUUCGUGCGAGCGGGUACAACAGCGAGAUACUUAAAUCGAUGGAUUAUUAUAUUGAAGGAGCGACCAAAAGGAAAAAGAAAAGAGAGGAAGUUGACGAACGAGAGAGAGAGAGAGUUAUAUGGAAUGGUAGUUGUAUGUUACAAGAGAAAGAAAAAGAGUCGCGCGGUGCCGCGAAGAAUGCAAGACGAUGCCGACGACGCGUUUUGCAUUUUCGUAUAUUUAUCCGAAUAUUGUUAGUGUUUCUCGCACUCCUGUCUCGCGCCGAUACGAACGUAUGAUGAUCAUGGCGAGAGCCGGGAACGUGAGAAACUUUGAUUUUAUUGUUAGUGCUUCCAUCAAAUUCCAUCAUUCAAGUCCUUUCUCGAUUCUCCUCUUCACACGCGGACUGCGUUAUUCACUUUUUUCGCUACAUUUAUGAAUGCUUUGUAAAAGAAAUAACAGCUUCAACAAAAUCUCUAUUUCUCUCUACCAAUUUUUUGAAUCAAUCUAUACCUCUGUGAUAGAGAUCUGAAAUAGACUUUUGUAUUCGUUAAAACUGAGAAGGAUAUAUGGAUUCUUGCAAAACGCGUCGCUCGUCGUAGAAUUACGUUAACAAGUCGUUUCUGAACUGCGCUCGGAUUUUCUUGCUUUCUUCGCAUCGCAACCGCCAAUUUAUCCUUAACGAGCGUCGUCGGUACGACUUUGGAGCUCGCGAAUCUUUUCUACUGUCCAGUCUCUGAUAAUCGUUACGUACCAAAUCUCGCGUUCCGCAUAGCGUAGGUGUUAGGAACGCUUUAGGAGAGUGGGACCGCGUGUUCCUCUCGCUACAAAUCGCUGCUCAAAUAAAUCGUAAGCCGUGAUACGCGUCUGCACCUCGGCGGACUCAAAGUCGCACCGACGAUUCACCCCCCUGUUGCGAUUAAAAUUUUUCAAUUUUUAUGGACUUCAUCGAGUAAUAAACUUAAACUUAGGCGCGCCCGCGAGCGCACUCGCGGCCACUCGAAGUCGUCGCAACACUGAUCGAAUUGUCGCAGUUUCAGCGAAUGCACUAUUUAGUGCAUUUGUUAAUCUCUGGAUAUUUAGAUAUAAAAUCCGAUAUUAUUUUUGGACGAAUUGAUUUAAGUAACUUUGACUUUAAUCUUAACUCAGCGAUUAAAUUAAAUCCAGAUGAAAGUUAAUUACGCUAUACCGCAAACAACAAACGAGCACAUUUAAUUAAAUGUGUGUUUAAUUGAGAUAUGCACUAUUUUUCGACAUAAUAAUAUGAAAUUCUACAAUUACGAAUGUAUCAUUGAGACGACGACUCGAGUGGCGGUCAGUGCGUACGCAUGUGUGUGUAUUCGUAUAUAUAAAUAUAUAUAUGUGUAUGAAAACGACUCGACAAAUAGGUGUGUAGUAGUUUUUAACAAAUUCUUAGCAUGUAUAUAUGUCCAAUUGAGAAUGCCGUGGGGCGAGAGGAGAGAGGAAUUUUUUGAUAUAUCGAGAGUGCGUUUCGAUGGGCUACGGUUACAUUUGGUGUACGUAUAAGGUUUAUUGAGAGCCAUUAUUUACGGUUAACGUGUAAUAUCUAUAUUGGUCGGAUAAUGCAUUCGUGUACCUUAGGCGUCGUUUGUCGCGUGGCAUGUAAUCGCUUGUGUCGAUAUGUAUCGAGGAUGCUGGCGGGGUUUCGCGGGUUUACUUUCUUCCGUAAAGACCGAUGUGCAAAUCACUCUCCUGGAUGCUACGUUACGUCGUUGCUCCGAAGAAGAAGAAGAAGAAGAAAAGAAUGACAAAACAAAAUGGAAGCAACGAAUACGUUGAGAGAAGGAAAAGGGGAGUACACCAAAGUGCAAUAUUCCGCGAAGGCGAACGGUUAGCUCUGAAAGCAAGACGAAAUUCACCUUUGUCGAGAUACGUAACGCGCUAAAAAACCUGAUCUCAACCGAGAUAUCUAUUUUUCAUGGCGAGAAGUCGAUAUAUUAAAAGCGAGAAGAGAGAAGUAACACUUUCGAAGAAGGAGAAAAUGCCGUAAAUUUUUCACGAUAUUUUUACACGAAUCUGUAUCUCGCAAUAACCGGUCGAAUCUUGUUCUUUCUCGCGAUCGACGGGGGAAAGAACCCUUAGAUUUCUGUUCUUCUAGUUUUCCUUUUUUUUUUAAAUUAUUACGUUGCACCGAUGAUUGCGUUUUGUUGCGUCGCUUGGUCGUUUCGUUUUCUUUUUUCCUUUUUUUCUUUAUCGUCAGUCGCGUAUGUCACACGAGGCGGACCAACUUUUUCCGACUACUUCCGCCCAAGAUAUCACCGAGUUUUACUUAUUUCCUGUUUACAACGCCUCUGGUAAUACGCGUUUUCUGGCCGGGGUAUCCCGUGGAUUCCCGUCGUUUUGUAUGGUAAAAGGAAUAUAUUCGUGUAUGAGAUGCGCAUCUCUUAAGUUAUCUAUCCUAGUUUUUUAAGUUUCAACUAUAUAUGUAUACAUAAGAAAAAGAAAGAAGCAGACGAGAUAACGACUAACUUUAAAUACCAACUGUACAUUUGUAUUUAGUCAUCUUGUUUAUAAUACAUUAUAAUAUUAUUACACUGUUAUUAAGUACUCAAUUUGUAUCAUUUUUUAUCGAAAUUAUUAAAAAAUAACUUAAAAAUAA